AAGUGUGUACACGUUAAGGGAAAAAAAAAUUUAAAACAUAAAAAACAAACAAAAAUAAAAAAUAUUAAAGAAAUCUUAAAAAAUUUUAAAUUUUAUUUUUAUAUUUUUUUUCUAUUUAUUUAUUGUUAAUUUUAAUAUUUUAUAUUUUUAAAAUAUAUAAUUAAAUAUCUUUUGAAAUAUUACAAAAUCAAAAAAUGAAUUUUAAAUUAAAUAUUAUUUCUAAUUUAUGUCUGAUUGCUAUUAUUACAAUAGCCGGAUUCUCAUUGUUUGUAAAAGGGGAUGUUUCACACCUUCCUUUGAGUACUAGAUCUGAGCCCCCAGUUACUGAAGUUUGUUUAGGAUGCAUUUGUGAAGCUAUAAGUGGAUGUAAUAGAACGCUAACAUGUAAUGGUGAUACAUGUGGUUUAUUUAGAAUUACAUGGCCUUAUUGGGCAGAUUCAGGCAAACCAACAUUAAAUGGAGAACCAGAGACAUCAGAAACUGCUUAUCCAAAUUGUGUAAAUGAUCCAUUCUGUGCUGCCAGAACAAUACAAAAUUAUAUGGCCAAAUAUGGACAAGAUUGUAAUGAAGAUGGUGAAAUAAACUGUUAUGAUCAUGCUGCAAUCCAUAAAUUAGGAGCAUACGGAUGUAAAGGUGAUUUUAGCGGUGUCUAUUUUAAAAAGUUAAAUGAAUGCUUACAACAAGUUCAAGCGAUUACCGGCUAAAUGAAAUAUGAAUUAUUUAUAUAUAUAUGUUUUUUUUAUGUAUUUCAUAGCCAAGAAUGUUAUAAAAACAAAAAAUUUUUUUUGAUCUUUCAACUACAUAUUACACAUUAUGUAUUUACAUAUAGAUAAUAUGACUAAAUUUAAUUAUAGAAUUAACAAAAAACAUAUUAUAUAAUUAAUAAUAAAAAAAAAAUAAUAAUAUUAGCAUUAUGUUGAAGUCAUUACAAUUUUGUUCAGAACUGAAAUCGUAUAUUUUAUUUAAUUUUAACAAACAAAACAAAAAAA